GGUGGCAGUGAGCUCAUCGGUUUAGUUUGCUGUGGAUGCUCCACAAGUUCUCAUGAUGUUGUUCCACUCGAAUUAUUUACUGCUGAUCAGCUGCUGCUGCCUGGUUCUUACGGUCACAGCGCAGAUUCCCAUCACGCCCCGAGAAUGUGCGGAAAACGAGACUUUCCUGGCCUGCGGUCCCAGUUGCCAAACGGAAUGUGCCACGCUGGGAAAACCCUGCCUGAUUAAUCACAUCCGAUGUCCCGAUGGAUGCUAUUGCAACAAGGGAUUCGCCAGGAAUUCAGGGGGCCGGUGCAUUCCCAUCGCCAAGUGCAACAAAGGCGGUUACGGAAAGUAGAAGCGGUUAUCAAGAAAUACAUGGCUAAUUAAAAACCACUGAAAACUUGAAGACAAUAAAAUUCAAUGGGAUGAUA